AUACUUCUCGUCAAUGAGAUAGAAUGAAAAGUAGGACAUAUUAAACCUUUUGUCAAUGGAAUUUUGUAGAGCAAGCAGUACUGUACACAUUGAGACACGCUGGACCUUUUAAUUUUUCUCUUGCUUAAAUUCUAGGAGAUAAUUUUACGUUAUGAAAAAUGAGUGAAUGAGUGCAAGAAUAAAGAAAUAAAUGAAACCAGGCGUUAGCAACGUUUAUUUCUGAAGUACAAAAACAAAAGUCUAAUGAAAACCGUGUUUAAGAAAAUUAGUUUUCAACGGUGUCUCCAGCUACGGUUCAAAAAUUCGUAAUUCGCUCAAAAAGCAUGGAAACGGAUUAAAUAUAUCAGGAUACCGUAAAUUUCAUCUGCUAAAUGUGAUUAUGCGAUCGCAUAUAAUGAGAAAUAAUUUCAUAACAAUUGACGAUUCUCGUUUUGAUUAUCACUGAUCGUUUGGACUAUAGAAUACAAUGUCUAGAAUUGUCAAACAUUUCAUUUUCACUUCAUAAAUUGUUCUAAUUUCGUUUGUAAAUCUGUAAUGAACAGGACGUAGAAUAGGAUAAAUACGGUAUAUCCUGAAAUGUUCAACUCUUUCUGAUGCUUUCUGAGUAAAUCAGGAAUUUCUUAACCCUUGGUGGAGGCAGCCUGAAAAUCUCAAUUUUUAUAAGACUCGAUUUUCGCUAUUUCUUUGAAAGUUGGACCAGAUUCAGCGUGGCUGAUUACUUAUGUCUGUUGCGCUUUUACGCUUUGGCCUGAGAGUUGUUUUAUUUUUAUUUUCUUGUAUCUCCAUAAAUACUAAAGCUUGAACGCUCAUUUAUUUCACUUUUAUUUCUUGCAAAUCUUCACAAUCUCGGUAAUGUUCAGCUCAAAAUAUUCUAUAUUUCUGGGGAAAGUAAAAUUUGAUUGCAAAAAUAUCCCAUGCUUGUUUCUGUUCUAAAAUGAUUCGAGAGUAUUACACUGUUUUAUUUUGGUGUAAACGUGCUCAAAACUCAACUUAUUGCAUACCAUUCGAUCUGUCUUCACAAGGGCUAUCUGGAUGAGACUUUGUAAUAUGAUGUGCGUUCAUGUGUGACUGAGAUGCAGCUAAACGAAGUUAAUUUUCAAGAUACUUUUCUAUAUGGACGCUACAAUGGUAGUGAAAAUAAAUGCCUUACUGUCUGUCUAAUAAUUAAUUAGGACUGAUCACUUUUUAAAUACAGGUGAUAAAGACUUGCAAUUUUCACCAUCUUACAGCAAAGGCUUCUGUCCAUCUUUCCAUAACCAAAAAGAAUUUAAAAACUGUCUCAAAAACCUUGAUUUGCAGUGACGUGGCAGGGGUCUCCAAGGAGACUCAAAACUGGCACUCAGUUAGUUGGAGUAACCUUGACAGCGCAUACGUAAUUGAUCACGCUGAAUCUGGCAAUGUUUACCUUUUAUGUUUUACCUCCGCAAACGAUUUUUCUAAAACCCAUCAAAAGCAGGGAAAGUUCUAUGCUUUUCUCCUUAAUAGAGGAAAAGAAGUGGGGUUAUUGAAGCUAAAACCCAACAUUUUUCAAUUAAACUUUUGCGUCACUUGAGAAAAGAACGGGGGCCGAUUAGAGGCAAAAUCGACCCCCUCUCAGAUCCAUCUCGUAUUCACAGGUCUGAUGUAGUUUUUCUCCGUGAAUAAAACUAGCACCUUAAAAGACUCAUUUUCACCCACUCGACAGAGAAUUCCACAGCCUAUAAAAUGAUAUAUAAAAUGUUGAGAUCAAAUUGGGGCUGGGUGUCCUAACGCUAGAAAUACUACUAGAGAGCGAUGUUUUCGGCAUCGACGGAUAGGCUAAAUCUAUAUAAAACCGACCACCAUUUACAUCAACCUUUCACGCCAAUGACGAGACCUACCUCAUAUUAUAGAGCUCAGUAAGCUGAACCGAAUGAUGGAAACCGCAAGUAUUUAGCCUUGUUAGAAAAAGAGCUAUAGCCAUUUUACCCUCGCAGCAGAAAAAUACAUUUUCAUCAUUUUCCGGUCAGCAACUUGGUCAGCAUCUCGUUUUAUGGAGAAUUGAAGAGUCUAUCUAAGGCUAUGGUGAAAAAGCUUUGGAAAGAAACUUUAAGAUCUUUGGGUUUUCUAGGAAAUCGGGUUUUUCCGAAAUCGCGAUCUCAAGACUCCCAGGUGCAACAUAACUUUUCUCCUUCGAAAUGUAUAGAGCUCGACCGUUGUUUCAUUUGAUACUAACUUCAAGGUUCUACGUCAGGGAAUGUGGUCAGCAGACGAAAUUAGAUGAACGAGAAGCUUAUAUUGAUUGUGUUAAAAAUUUCAUUGAUAUUUUUUCCAAAUUGGUUUAAUUUUUUAUUAGAUGGACAUUAUUUUGAACGAAAAACAUUACAAAGUUAUUAUACAAUUUCUUCAAGCAUUUUCACGUUAUGUUGAUGGACAAGCGUCACAAGCAGCUUUUAAUGCAGUCGAUAAUAAAAAAUAAAAAAGUGAACUUCUAAAACUUGUUGCUACUGUAUUUUCUAUAGCUGGAAGUGCUGCUUCUGCUAAAUUAGCGGUGUCUGUUAUUGAAAAAUUAUGGUCAAAAGAUGAAAAAGAAAAAGAGAAAAAUAUUUUAUUAUUUCAAAAAAAUUCACAUAAUUUUAUUAAAGAAGUUGCUCGAUUAAAUAAAGCUGUUCCUAUGGUGAAAGUAUUGGCUACUAGUGAAACUGUCAAUGAAAUUGAAAAUAAUUUUAAAAAUAAAAAUUCAGAUAUAAAAAUUUAUGAAAAUACACCGUUACAUUGUUCAAUUAUUAAUGCAAAUUGCGAUAAAAAAAUAUUGCAAAAUCCGGAUGAUUUCUUAACAGAUCGGGCUGAAAUAAAUAAAAUAAUUGUAUGGAAUGGAGUUGAAAAAGAUAUUUUGAAUAUGGAUGAAAAGAAAAGACCCAUUCGUUAUUGUCCCGGUCAUGAUUUAUCUAUUGAUGCUAUUAAAUAUGUUGCCGAACGGUUUUUACCCUUUCUAUUCGAUAGUACGGACAAUCCUACUUGGUAA